AUGCUUGGGCAGCUCCGCGACUAUGGUUACACCUUGGUGGACAAAGUCGAGGAGUCCGACGUAUGCGUCGUGAACUCCUGCACUGUGAAGACCCCAUCGGAGUCGAGGGGCCUGCACUUGGUGAACCAGGCCACAGAGAUGCAAAAGAAGGUCGUGCUUGCUGGCUGCGUUCCCUCUGGCGACAAACGGCUGGCCAAGAAGCUGCCCCACGUCAGUAUGUUGCAUGUGACUCAGCUGGAUCGCAUUGUGGACGUGGUGGAGGAAACGAGCAGAGGGCGUGUGGUGACUCUGCUGGACAAGAAAAGGGAGGGCUUGCCAUCGCUGGCCCUCCCGAAGGUGCGUCAGGAUCGUCUAACGGAAAUCAUCACCAUCAAUGCCGGGUGCUUGAACUUCUGCACCUACUGCAAGACUCGGGUGGCACGCGGCACGGUGGUGUCCUACUCGGUGGAGGAGAUCGUUGCCCGUGCCCUCGAAGCAGUCAAGGAGGGUGUCUGCCACAUUGAGCUUGCUUCAGAGGACAUGGGAGCCUACGGUGUGGAUAUUGGCAGCAACAUCGCAGAGCUGCUGCUCCGCCUGUCUGAUGCUUUGCCGCCAGGCGUUAUGCUGCGCACAGGCAUGACGAAUCCUCCAUACAUCAUGGAGCACUUGGACGGAGUCAUUGAGGCACUGAAGCGCCCAAAUGUCUACAGCUUCAUGCACAUCCCAGUGCAGUCCGGUUCGGAUGCUGUUCUGAAAGCUAUGAAGCGGAAGUACACAGUGGCAGACUUCCUCCACCUGGUAGGCCGCCUUCGAGACGAGAUACCUGAUAUCUAUUUGUUAACUGACAUAAUCUGCGGCUUCCCCACUGAGACGGAGGAGGACUGGAAGGCUACUUUGGAGCUGGUGCGGCUCUGCCGCUUUCAUGGUGUUUACUCCUCUAGAUAUUUUGCUAGGGCUGGUACCCCAGCUGCGAAGAUGAAGCAGCUGCCCCAUUCUGUGACGAAGAGGCGCUACCAGGAGCUCUGUGCCCUGGACGCCCUGAACGACCGCAAUGAGCGGCUCCAGGGGACCACGCAGCGCGUGUGGUUUGCUGGUACCGACGACGCGCGAAAUCAGACGGUCGGCCGCACCAAGAACUUUGCAAAGGUCCUGGUGCCCAGGGAUGACUUACUCCUUGGCCAAAGUGCCAAUGUUGAGAUUGUUCAAACAUCCGUUCAGCAUGUGGAGGGCAAGGUGGUUGGCGCCGCCUUCUGA